AUGCUGCACCAUGUUGCUUCUCUCAAGUUUUGGCUUUGCAGGCAAUUGUAUGGCUAUAUUUGUUUCAUCGUUUCACUCUUGGCCAUGCACAUCAUGCUGAUUCCGGUUCCAAAUGUGGUGGGACUUCUAAAAUGGAUGGUGAAUGUGCGGAAGGAAUGCGGUUUGGACAUCCAUUGCCACCUGGAAUACUUCCCACCAAUCCUGACGGAACCUCCUCCCAGAUUUCUCCCAAAGCUUUUGGAGAUUGAUGAAGAGGAGUCUUCCGCAAGGCUUCACUACUGGGGUGCUGUCCUUUUGUUGUCACCAGUUGUCAUGGCUGGCACAUGCGAAGCGAUGCGGCAGUUCUUUCGUCUCACCAAAAUGUGCAUUAUCAUUACAGCUGGAGCAGACUCACAGUCACAACAGAGCAGCACCUACGAACUGCUGCAGAAUGUAGAUUCGGAGGCUGCAAGUGAUACAGAGAUCCAGGAUCUAGCCACGGACGAUGGGAGGCACCCGUUCAAAGGUCCAAGUGUGUAUUUCACUGUGGGCAUCGUAUGCUACCAUCUUGUGUGUGCGGACAUUGUGGCCGUGGCCGUUGUGAAUGGCUGGAUUUCAACCAAUCAUGGCGGUGACUUUGCCUGGGAGCUUUGGGCACUCUGGCAACAGCUGUGCCUUUGGACUCUGUUGGUGCAGAAUUUGGCUCGAUGUGUGACGAUGGACUCAAAUGCCUUGGAAGUAUCUACUGCCAAAACCGUGCUUCUCUACACUGCACCUUUCCUCAGCGAGCCAGCUGAUACGAUGAAGGACUGGGUAGUGACCGGAAUAUGUCUCCUCUAUGCAACCAAAUGGAUUGGCUUCGCAGUUGGAGCAGGACUUGUUGGACUUGAACUGGUGGCUGUUGCAGGCGGCUACACCCCUCAGCUCAUCCGCAUAUCCGACAAAGUUCACAUCAGGCCUCCUGCAAUAGUGCUGCAGGAAUGCCUUCGAGCCAAGCGCGGAUGCAUGCAGCGGCGGCGGCACCACGGGCGAUGUGGUGGAGAAAAGACUUGA